UCAAAUAUAAUACAUUUUGUAGCCCUAAUCUCUCACUCACUCACUCAGUCUCUCUUUCGUUGUCUCUCUCACUCUCUCUCUAAACCGUCUCAACGGAUCGAUUCAUCUCUUGCUGUAGCCCUAAUCGAAGUUCUCUCUCUCGAUUUCGAUUUCGAAUCUAUGUUUCGAUUCAUCUUUGAGAUUUAGAGCGAUUUCGAUUUCGAAGCUCCACCGCCACCACCGUCUGCACCGCUACCGCCACCGCCACCGCCACCGCCAUCUGCACCAGCGAGGUUCCAACUAUGUAUACUCGAUUGAUACAAGGUUAUGAAGCAAUGGAUCCAGAAUUACGAGAGGCUUCUGCCUCAGCUGCGAGCAAGUUGCGUCCCAUGAUGUGUGGCUCCUCUGCACUCCCUUAUCCUGUCAUGCAACAGUGGGAAACCAUAACUAAACAUCACCUUUUAGAACGAUAUGUUUGUGAUGGCAAUUUCUAUUCCCUUGAGAGGCAUAAAGAAAGGAAGCACUGUUGGCAAACCAGUUCCAGGAUUCCCUACUGCCGAACGCAGCAUGGAGGUAACUGCAUGGAAAAGGGGGCUACGAUUCCUCCAAAUAAAGAAACAAAGCUUCCCUGCUGCAGUUCACUCUAUCGUGGUCCUCAUAUAAGCGAAGAGAUGGGUUUCCUUAAAGUUGGGGCCCAUAAAAGAUACCUUAGGCAAUGUUCUGUAGCUUCUGAAGAGCAGAAAAAAGAUAUACAUAAUGCUUGUUGCAGAGAGAAUGGGUUUGGAUCAUUCACAGUUGGUUUGGAUCAGAGGAACAACAUUGAUGCAGCAGUUAAAAAGUUUUUUGAGGAUUUUCAAAUUAUGCUUUUUCAUUAUGAUAGCUGGACAAGUGAAUGGGAUCAAUUUGAGUGGUCAAAGAGGGCCAACCAUGUCAGUGUAAGAAAGCAAACAAAAUGAUUCAAAUGACCAUUAUAAGAUUUGCUACCAGUUGUGUUUUUAUUGAGGAAUUGGUGGAAAAAAAUUAUCAAAAAUAAGAGGAUGGGAGUUAUUGAGGAGUUGGUGGAAAAAAUUCAUCAGAUUGAGGAGUUGCCACUGAAAGAAUUUCAUGGCCACACUAGUGAUGUCUUGGAUCUAGCCUGGUCCAAAUCUAAUUGUCUUCUUUCAUCAUGGAAGGAUAAAACUGUUCGUCUACAGCAAGUGGGGUGCAAUGAAUGUAUUAGUGUUUUCCAACACAAUGACUAUGUGACGUGCAUUUAGUUCAAUCCAGCCAAUGAAAAUUACUUCAUGAGUGGCUCUAUAAACGGAAAAGCUCGAAUUUGGGGAGUGACUGAGAGACAAGUUGUUGAUUGGGCUGAUGUGAGAGAUGUAACUGCUAGAUGUUACCACCCAGAUGCCAAAGGCUUUAUAGUGGGCUCUGUCAUUGGCACCUGCCAGUUUUAUGUAGCAUCAGUGCAGAUGGAAAUCUCCAACUAACUACAAUGAUAAAUUUCCGGGGUAGAAAUAAAUCCUCCAGCAACAAAAGUACUUAUAUGUAUAAUUAGUUUGAAUUGCAUCUUUUGUGCCGAUCUGUUUUGUAAUAACUUUCAACUUACUGCUAGGCACUAAUUUAACUUUAUUUCAUCUUGGAAUUGAAAUAUUUUUGUAUAUCGAGAAGCAUGAAUUGAUCUAGUAUUAUGUUUACCUAAA